AUGUGUGGGUGCGGAAGUAGUAAAGUAGAAAAGGAUAGUACUUACGGCGAUGAUACUUACGGCGAUGGUACUUACGGCGAUAGUACUUAUGACGAUGGUACUUACGGCAAUAGUAGAUACAAUAACCAUCGCAAACGUCGUCGCCAAAAUCAUACCAUUGGCGACAAUAAUCAUUACAGCUCAGACACCUACCCCGCUGGCGAUUCUAAUUACGUUAGUAGUUAUCAUAACGAUAAUCGUCGAGACAGCGACGGCUGUUGCGAUUGUUUUGGCGGUGACGGCGACGGUGAUUGUUAUGGCGGUGACGGCGACGGUGAUUGCUAUGGCGAUGGCGAUGGAGGUGACUGCGGAGGUGAUGGUGGAGGCGACGGCGGAGGUGACGGCGGCGGCGACUAA